UAUUAGUUCUCAAAAAAAUUCCAAACCCUCCAGCUGAAUUAAGCACCUAAGAGUAGGUGAGUUGUCACUAAUUUUGUGGUUUUACGAAAUUAAAUGUUUAGUUUUUAUUUAACCAAAUUAGAGACCCAAAGUCUGAAAAUUAUUGCCUGCAGUGUGAAAAUUAUUAUCUGAAUAAUUUCUUAAGGACAGUAAUGUGCUACUAACUAUAUACAAUGAAGGUUUAUAACAGCCAGUACUUGCAGUACAUAUAAAAACAUCACAUUGUUUUAGAAAAUUGAUAUUGCUAAUUAAUAUACAUAAAUUAUGGAUAACCUUGCAAAAAAUCUAUUUGAUGAGUUCUCUGACAACGAAUCUGAUUUGUUGGCCACUCCACCAAUGAAACGACCACAUACACCAACCUUUCGUGAGGGCAAUCAAAGACCAAUGCCAAGUAUAUUUGAAGAUAGAAGUUUUGGAAGUCCGAAGUCAGGGGAUUCAUUUCUAGGAGAUGAGCUAAACAGCACAGAUGAAAUGUUGUCACCAUCAUGCUCGCCUAUGAAGCUAGUCCAAUCUCCAGGGAGAGGUUUUUCAAUGCAGUCACCACCGUCAAUACAAAGAGGAUUUCUUGCAUUGAGAUUGUUUGAUACUCCCCACACUCCAAAAACAUUGUUAAAUAAAUUUAAAGAUGCUGCUGGAGAAUCACCAAAAAGUAGUCCAAAAUCUCAAACAAAGUUGAACAGUAGAGUAAGAUUAAAGGACCAGUUUGCACAUAUCAAAGAUACCAACAGAAAAAGACCAAAUAGUGAGCCACGUAAUAUUGGUAAAAAUGUUGUGUAUGCUAAUAUAAAUCCAUUUACACCUUCAGCUGCUGGGGUCAAACAUAAGCGAACUCGUCAAGAAUUUGAAAGUGAAUCUGUGUUGAGUGAUGAUAAUGAUUCUGAUGGUGAAAUGCAAGAAAUUUAUGGAAACCCUACAAAGAAGCUCACAUUGAGAGAAACCAACAUAUCACGAUAUAAUGCUGAAUUUGUGGAACUGGGAAAAAUCGGAACUGGAUCUUUUGGUUCAGUUUAUAAAUGCCUCAAUAGAUUAGAUGGCUGUAUAUACGCGUUGAAAAGAUCUUUAAAACCACUGGCUGGAUCAAUUGAUGAACAAAUGGCACUUCGUGAAGUGUGGGCGCAUGCAGUGUUGGGGCAUCAUCAGCAUGUUGUACGAUACUAUUCAGCAUGGGCAGAAGAUUGUCACAUGUUAAUACAAAAUGAAUAUUGUGAUGGUGGCAACUUGUCUGAAACUAUAACUAAAAACAGGAUGAAUAACUUGGUAAUGAAAAUAGAAGAUCUUAAACAACUUUUACUUCAACUUUGUAAGGGACUUAAAUAUAUACAUUCACAGAAGCUGGUCCAUCUCGACAUUAAACCAGGAAACGUCUUUCUUUGUUAUUCUCACCAAUCUAAAAAUACAGAAGAAGGAAGCGGUGAUGACGGUUACUAUGGUGACGAUGUAGAAUCUACUAAACAAAACACGGCGUACAACAUUGUUUACAAAAUUGGUGAUUUGGGUCACGUGACAUCGAUACACAAACCACAAGUGGAGGAUGGUGAUUGUAGAUUUUUACCGAAUGAACUUUUACAAGAGGAUUAUGACUAUUUGCCAAAAGCUGAUAUUUUUGCUCUUGGAUUGACAAUAUACCUUUCGGGUGGUGGUGACGAUCUCCCAAAAAAUGGACCAAACUGGCACACAAUAAGAACAACAGGUUUACCAAAUCUACAACAAUACCCAAAAGAACUAAACUCUCUGUUGUCGAAAAUGAUUACAAAGGAUCCCGCCUUGAGACCAUCUGCAUCAGAAAUUUUGCAGGGUCGUUUACUUGGUCAAAUGUCUAAGGAUCAAUUACGUAAAGAACUGAAUGAAGAAAAGUUUAAAAAUAAAAUCCUGGCUAGAAAACUGCAAGCUGCAGAAACAGCAGCAUCAUCGACACAGAGUAUAUUCGACACAGGAAAAAAUAAACGAUUGGUCGGUAACAAAGUGACACGUAGUAUGAGCAUGAGUGUGAUCAUGUGAUCAAAUGCAGAUGUAUUUGUAUAUGCGACAUUUUUAUUCUUGUACAUACGCAAUGGGUAUAUAAUGUACAUGUUUUAAUUCGGAGUCUUUUAUAGUAAUUUUUAGCGUAGAUUUUCAAAGUGAGGUUUAUAGUUUUUUUAACUCAUUUUUUGUGCAUUGCACUUGAUAUCCCUUCGUGA